GACCAAAAUUAUUCCACUUGAAAACUCAAGAGUCAAAAAAUACUCAAAGUUAUCUUUUAAGGAUCGAAAUAGACAACUCAAAUAGAUAUGGGACAAUUUUGGGUAAAAUCUUUUCAUUGACCAUAUAUUAGUCCAUUCCACCAAAGCUGAAAACCUCAAAUUGCAACUGAAGAAUCUAAGUCAUCAAAUAUUUUCCCCCUCAAAAGCUCCAAUGCUCUUGAUUUUCAGAAGAAUCACACAACACUUUGCUUACAAGAUUACAUUUUUUUCACUUCCAAGACUCCACCUUUCAACUUUUUCUCCUUCAUCUUCACCAAUUUACCAAAACCCCACAAAAACCCUUUCUCAAUUAGACAUCAAGAACCUAAUCCUCUCCAAUUAUGACCAUGGAAAGCUCCACAACCUCCUCCAAAAUGUCAUCACUUUACCCUCUUUCCUCUUCACAGCUUGCCAAAACCUCAAACCAAAUGACAAAACUACCCUCACUCCAAAUUCCAUCUCAACCCAAUUUUUCUCACUUCAAGAACUGUCUUUUCAGCUCUCUACAAACCAAUUUGAUGUUAAAGAUUGCAGUUUUAUCAUAGGUAAAUCACUUGUGCUUCCUAAUUUGAAGCUUAAAGUAGUUAUUGAAUCUAUUAGAAUGAUUCUUGAAACUAUAUAUGAUGAUAGAUUUAUGACAUUUUGUUAUGGUGGACGUGUUAAUAUGGGUCGACAUACCGCGAUUCGUUACCUUAAAAACUCUGUUGAGAACCCCAGUUGGUGGUUUACUGUUUGUUUGAGUCCUUCAAAGUUUGAAAAUAAGCAUGUUGAUAAGCUUUGUAGUGUUAUGGAAGAGAAAAUUAGUGAUGUGGCAUUGAUUGUUUUGAUAAAAAGGUUGUUUGAGUGUGAAAUAGUAAGUAUUCAAUUAGGUGGUUGUUAUUUAGGUAGAGGGUUUCCUCAAGAAUGUAGGUUGAGUUCAAUUUUGAUUAAUAUUUAUUUUAAUAGUUUUGAUAAGGAAAUUCAAGAACUAAGGCUUAAAACGAAUCGGGAGAAUCCGAAAGUUGAUGCUAAUGAUCUUGCUAAUGCUUUUUAUAAGCCGUUGAAGAUAUAUGCGGUUAGAUAUUUGGAUGAGAUAUUGGUUAUUACGUCGGGGACAAAGUUGAUGACUUUGGAUUUGAAGAGUAGGCUCGUGCAGAAUGUUGAGAAGAAUAUGGAAUUCGGUGUUGAUAAGGUUAAGACUGUUAUUCAUAGUGCUACUUCUGAGAAGAUAGAAUUUUUGGGGAUGGAGCUUCGGGCAGUUAAGCCGUCUGUCUUGCACCCACCGAUGUCACAAAAGGCGAUUAGGGCGAGGAAAAAGUACCUCAGACAGAAAGAAGUUAGACUUUUGGAGUUGAGAAAUGCUAAAGAGACGAAUAGGAAGAAACUGGGAAUGAAAAUAUUCAGUCAUGUAUUUAAGAAGUCGAAACGUGGAAAUGGUUUCAAAACUGAUUUCCCGAUUGAGAGUGAAGUCAAAGUCAACCGAAUUUUCGAUUCUUGGGCUGAAGAAGUAAUGCAAGACUUUUUGAAAUCCGUCGAUGAUCGCUGGGAAUGGCACCGAAUGCUCUCAGCUGGUGACUUUCUCUCCUUAAAAAGGAUCAGAGAUCAACUUCCCCAAGAACUCGUGGAUUCUUAUGACAACUUUCAAGAGCAAGUUGACAGGUACUUAAAUCCUGUCAAAGCAAAAAGGAUGUUAGAGGAACAAGUAAAGAUAGCAGAGGAAGAAGAGGAAAGGAAAUACUCCGAUCAGACUGUUGCAGAUCUGACAAAGCUAUGCAUAAAAGUCGAGGCGCCUUUAGAAAUUGUUAAAAAGGCAGUCAAGCUGGUUGGAUUUACAAACCAUAUGGGCCGUCCUAGGCCGAUUAGUUUACUAAUGGCUCUUGAAGAUACUGAUAUUAUCAAGUGGUAUGCUGGUAUAGGGAGAAGAUGGCUUGAUUUCUUUUGCUGCUGCCACAACUUCAAAAAGUUGAAGAUUAUAGUAUCGUAUCAUUUAAGAUUCUCGUGCAUCUUGACUUUAGCAGAGAAGCAUGAAUCCACAAAGCGGGAGGCAAUCAGACAUUACACCAAAGAUCUGAAAGUUUCUGAUGUUAAUGGGGUAGAAGAAGUGAAUUUUCCGACAGAAAGGGAAGUCAAAAUGAUGGGAGAUAAUGAUCUUAUUGAUCCAAAGCCGGUGGACGGUUCUCUAGGGAUGGCAUUGAUUAGAUUAGCUUCUGAUGAGCCGUCUUACCGCUGUGCUGCUCAUUUUUGUGACAGAAGAGAUACAACUGUCUACCGUAUUAGGUUACUUCAGAAUCUUCUUAAUUUGGAUCCUUUUGAUCGAAGUAAGUGGGUUCCAGGAAUGGGUGCUAUACAUGAGAACUUGAACAAGAGAUGCAUCCCUUUAUGUUCUGACCAUAUUAGUGAAUUAUACUUAGGUAGACUAACUCUGCAGGACACUGAUUAUGCUUCUCUUUUGCAUGUUGAUUAGUUGAUGUGCGACAUUAUUGCCUUAGUGGCAUCAAGAAUGCUGUAAAUUACAGUUUUUUAUACUAGAAUACACCCACUAGGUCGAAUAGGUAGGGUUGAUUACA